GCCGUGGCCCCGCCCCCUCGGGGCCGCGCGGGGAGGGCGCCGGGGACACACACGAGAGCGGCCCCGCCUUUCCUGCCGGAGGGAGCUGUUCGUGGUCAGACGGGAAGAUGGCGAACCUGGAGGAGCAGCUCUCGGAUGAGGAGAAGGUGCGCGUAGCAGCGAAGUUCAUCAUUCAUGCUCCUCCUGGGGAAUUUAAUGAGGUGUUCAAUGACGUUCGGUUGCUGCUUAAUAACGAUAAUCUUCUCAGGGAAGGAGCAGCCCAUGCAUUUGCACAAUACAAUCUGGAUCAGUUUACUCCAGUGAAAAUUGAAGGUUAUGAUGAACAGGUAUUGAUAACAGAACACGGUGAUUUGGGCAAUGGAAAAUUUUUGGAUCCAAAAAACAAGAUAGCUUUUAAAUUUGAUCACUUAAGAAAGGAGGCUACUGAUCCUAGGCCCCAUGAAGCUGAAAAUGCGGUUGAGUCCUGGAGAAAUUCAGUAGAGACUGCAAUGAGAGCCUAUGUGAAAGAACACUACCCAAGUGGUGUCUGCACAGUGUAUGGUAAAACAAUUGAUGGACAGCAAACCAUUAUUGCAUGCAUAGAGAGCCAUCAGUUCCAAGCAAAAAAUUUUUGGAAUGGCCGUUGGAGGUCAGAAUGGAAGUUUGCAAUCACCCCUUCAACCACUCAGGUGGCUGGCAUCUUGAAAAUUCAGGUUCACUAUUAUGAAGAUGGUAAUGUUCAGCUAGUGAGCCAUAAAGACAUACAAGAUUCAUUAACAGUGUCUAACGAAGCCCAAACAGCAAAGGAAUUUAUAAAAAUUGUAGAGGCUGCAGAAAAUGAGUAUCAGACUGCUAUCAGUGAGAAUUAUCAAACUAUGUCAGACACUACUUUCAAGGCCUUACGUCGACAAUUGCCAGUUACCCGCACUAAGAUUGACUGGAACAAGAUCCUUAGCUACAAGAUUGGAAAAGAGAUGCAGAAUGCUUAAGACAAACCAUGCAUGACUGGAUAAUUUUAGUGUUCUUGUAUACAAAUAAAAAUUAUUACAAAAGUAUUUGGAACUGUUGUCACCCAGUCAGCAUGGGCUUUUGCCAUUGAAAAAUCACUGUAAGUAGUCUGGUUAGAGCACAAAGCUUAACUAAUCAACCUUUUUUUUUUUUCCCCCUCCCCAGUUUGUUUCCUUUUUCUCAGAGGGGUUGCAAAAUCAAUAUAGCUGAAAACUUUCCUCUAGAGUUUCUGUUGUACCUUUACAUUUUUUAUAAUGAAAAGACCAUGCCUUUAGAUUUCAAUUGAAAAUUAAGAACGGUUUGAAAAAUAUUUUUGCAUACAGUAACUGUCUUGCUUUCAUAUGAACUGAGCAACUUCUGAAAUUUGCUGGAUUCCUUGAGUUCAGUAGUGUACAUUUCUAGUUCAAGGCUCAUGAUAGAUUUAGCCAUAUAAGCUGCUGUAGAAAUCAUUUAGCCCUUCAUUGGAUGUAAGACUGGGGAAAGCAUUUUCUAUUUUGAGUAUGUUAAAACCUUUCAAAAUACUUAUUCAGCUGGCUCAGUGUUAACUAAACUUUUUUAAACAAGGCCAAGGUCUUAUGCUGUUUUAAGAUUUUGAAAUUAAAUAAAGUACUUAUUUCAGAAAUGCAUUUAAUGCUUUAUUCCUGACAGUUACUUAAAUGAGUUCAGAUUCCAUCUGCCCGAGUUAUUUCUUAUCCUACAUCCACAAAUGUAAUAUAACAAGGCAUAUUGUAAUAUAUAAUUCUGUACUCAUGACUAUGUCUCAAUUUAUUUUUUUUCUUGGAUUGAAAUGUACUAAAAUUCAAUGUGACAUUAAAAUGCAGAUUUUCUAUUUA